AUGGAUGGAAGUAUCAAACUUCUGUAUUGUCUUGUUGGAUUAAUAUUAAGAGAAAAAAUAAUAUCUGCUUAUGAAAAUAUUGCUUUGAACAAGAAUGCCUGGGAGCAGUAUCCGUAUAAUGGCCGGCCAUGGGGAGCGGAUAAAGCAGUGGAUGGGCGGUUUUCAGAUCGUUCUGCUUCUGGAGGACAAUGUACGAUAUCUGGCAAUAAAAAAAUAAAUGCAACCUGGAGGGUGGAUCUAGGACGAGUGCUCGGUAUACAUCAUUUAACUAUCUACCUCAGGACGGAUAAUCUUCCAUGGGACUCAUCAAAUGAUCAUGCAGCACGGUUCCUUGGAUUUUCUGUCUAUAUAUCGAACACGACCAACAAAGAUAGAGGAUUUUUAUGUUAUAAGGACAUAAACUUCACCAGAGCUACAAUACCGAAUAUCACUACAAUAGAAUGUUUAAAGCAUGGAAGAUACGUUAUUUAUUACAAUGAAAGAUUCCCAGGAGUUACCUACCCUGUUGGAUAUUCCAAGUACGCAUUCAACGAGCUCUGUGAAUUUCAAGUUUACGGUUGCCCUACCGCAGGAUUUUAUGGAGAAAAUUGUACAUUACCGUGUCCACAGAAUUGUCAGGAAAGACAUUGUAACAUUGUGGAUGGGACAUGUCUUGGAUGCGUUUCCGGAUACAAAGGACCACGAUGUGAAAAACAAUGUGAUGGUGGUAUGUUUGGAUUAAACUGUGCCCAGUCAUGCGGAGUUUGCCUUGAAAAUGAACAUUGCCAUUAUGUAAACGGGACAUGCUUGAAUGGAUGUGAUAAAGGUUACCAAGGAAUCAACUGUACAAAGGUUUGUGACAGUGGUGCGUUUGGACUAAACUGUAAUCAGUCAUGCGGGGUUUGCUUUGGAAAAGAACAGUGUGAUUACGUAAACGGGACAUGCUUGAAUGGCUGUGACAAAGGUUAUCAAGGAGACACUUGUAAACAAGAAUGUCCAGAUGGUCGUUAUGGAUACAACUGCCAGGAAAUUUGUAGCACUUGCACUGCAAUCAGAAGAUGUGACGCAAUAUUAGGGCAGUGUAGUGCCAUUAGAAGAUCAUCAGAUUCUGAUACAAACAAGUCCUUACUAUUUCUAUACGGAGUUCUCUCUUCUCUUUGCUUAAAUGUGGGCUUAAACAUCUGUUUAAUAUUCUGGACUUGUAGAAACAAGUGCAGAGGAAGGAAACGCCAAGAAAAAAGAAUCACACAAUUGUCCUCGGAACCUCUCAAGCCUCAUACAGAAAAAAGAAUCACACAAUUGUCCUCGGAACCUCUCAAGCCUCAUACAGAAAAAAAUGCCGAUGAUGAAGAGAGUGUUUUGUAUGAAGACAUGGAUCUCAUUUAUGACAACUAACAUUAGAGUGAAGUUGUAGAAUUUGAGUUUUCAACCUUAACAAACAAUAAUUUUAAUAUGUCUUUAAUAUUUACUACAUGGUAUCACUAAUAUUGUAAGAAAAAAACAAUAAA